GCCCCAACACUCUUGAGCGCCGGGUGUGUGGCGCUGCCCACCAGAAUCGUUGCAGGGCAACCCUUCGCGCUCUGUGCAAACGACUCCUGCACUGUCAACCAGCCCUAGCUAAAAAGUUGCUUUAAGGCAUGGCGCUCGUCGCGGCGCCCACGGCGUCCCCGGCGCCCGCGGCCACCUCCACGCCGGCCCCCUGCCCGCCGCUGGCAGUCAAGCCCCUGCAGCUCGGGCCCCACCUGAGCCUCUGGCCGCCGCUGCUUAGCGCUCCCAUGGCCGGCAUAUCCUCCGCGCCCUACCGCCGCCUGGCCACUUCGCACGGCGCCGCCAUGGCGACAAGCGAGAUGGUUAUCGCAAGCACACUGCUGGUGAAGAACCGGCGCACUCGCAAGCUGGCGUCGUUCGCUGACGAUGAGCGGGUGCGGUCGGUGCAGCUGUACGGCGUCAAGCCCGAACAGCUGGAGCAGGCCGUGCGGCUGCUGGUGUGUGAGCACGGGGUGCAGCACGUGGACCUCAACUUCGGCUGCCCCGUGCGGAAGAUCACGGCGCGUGGCGGCGGCUCAGCGCUGCCGCUGCGGCCGCGCCUGUUUGCAAAGCUGGUGGCGGCGGCGGUGGCGGGCGCCGGCGGGGAGGCGCCGGUGACCGUCAAGUUCCGAGUGGGACUCACUCCCGAGCUGCCCACCCACUUGCAGGCUGGUCGUAUCGCCGAGGCGGAGGGCGCCGCCGCACUGGUGCUGCACGCCCGCACCGCCGACCAGCUGUAUGCCUCACCCGUGGACUGGGCGGCGGUGCGGGCGCUGGUGGAGGCCGUACGGAUACCGGUGGUGGGCAACGGCGACGUGUUUGAGGGCGCCGACGCGCUGCGACUGCUGCGGGAGACCGGCUGCGCAGGCGUCAUGGUGGGGCGCGCGGCGGUGGGUCGGCCCUGGGUGUUUGAUGAGGUGGCGGCGGCGCUCACCGGCGCGCCGCCGCCGCCGCCGCCGCGGCUGGGUGAGGUGGUGGCGGCGGCGCUGCGCCACGCCGAGAUGGAGGUGGACUGGUACCGCGGCUACCACGACAGCGAGCGGGACACGCUCCUGCGCUUCCGCAAGUUCAUCAAGCUCUACCUGCUCGGCUUCAACUCCACGGGGUCGCUGCAGUCGUGCCUGUUCGCCGCAGAAACCCUAGAGCAAUGGCGGGCGGCGGUGUACGGCGGAUCCGGGCAGCUGUACGACGCCGCGGAGCCCUUCCCUGCCGCCGCCGUGCGCUUCCCGCGGCUCAAGGGCGGCGGGCCGUUGGUGCGGAAGCCCAUGGGGCUGCCGGACGGUUGGUUGGAGGAGGCGCGUGGCGGCGGCGGCCGGGCCGAGGCCCAGCUGACUGACGACGCCUGCGAGGGAUGAGGCGGCUGCGGUGGUGGGCCUGUGUGUGCUCCACUCAGGAACAUCAACACGUCUUGACAGGGCGGCAUUUCGGGCAUAGACCACGGGGUGUGGAUGUGGGCAUGGCGCACUGCUGCACAGCGGCGGCACCACUCGUUCCGGCCACGCCUCGUCCCACUCGCGGGCUGCCAAGUCGCCCAGUCGCCCAGUCGCCCAGUCGCGGGCUGCUGUCCAGUCGCCCAGUCGCCCAGCUGACGGGCCGGCCAGUGCACCGGCACCCCCAGGCCGUAGGCUGCUGGGACCAGUCGGUGGCGGCGGCCUGCCGCAAGCGGCUUGACACUGCAGUAGUCACGCGGGCAAUGUGGCGGGGCGCCCUCCCUCCCUGGCCGCGGUACAGGCCCCGCCGACGCUGUGGAACCUUGCGCCCGACUGAUCACAGCCACAGAGCCACCAGGGUCGGAGGGGCCAAGGGGCUUGCUACGUGCGUAGCACCCUUGCCGUGGCGGCCGCGCCGGCAGCACAUGCAACGCCAUGCGUCCGCUCCCGUUUUCGC